UAUUUUCGCAUUGACGGCUGUGGAAUAGUCGAAGGUCCGGCUCAAGGCCUUUUUAGUCGUUAGCUUCUAGUGCUUGCUUCGUUGGAUAUGUUGUUUAUUCGCAAAGGCGUUCGUGUGAGCAUGUGUAUAUGCGUGUGUGUGUUAUUCAGUAAUAAAUGCAGAACCGCCUCACUCUAAUCAAGCUGAUUAAAAAUUCCUGCGCGCACAGCCGGAAAUCGCACCAUCCUCUCUGUUUUCUCCGCACUUUUUACUUUAUUUUCGAGUCGUUCCUCCACCAGGACAUCGCCUGUCACGGGAGACCAUCUCGUUCGCCUCGAAAUCCGGCGUAAAUCUGCUUGUUACGGGCGUAUUUUCUUUUGAAAUGAGGAGGAAAAGGAAAGCCGAGACAGCGCCAGCACCAGCGAGGGGAGUGAUGAGUCAAUACAACUAAUAAUUUAAUGGGGACACAGGAAAAGGGAGAAAGAAAGGGGAGCUCCGUCCGGGCACAAAUUAAACGAACAGAAAACAGUCUUACCCAGGGAACUAUAAUGCAUCUAUGCAUGCCUUAAUCGCCUUAGAUGUCGUAAAGUAAAUCGUACUUUUAACCUGUUUGGGUCCGCAGAUCGUAGCUACGUCGUUUUACCACGAGAAACCAGAUUAUUGUCGCUUCAUGCUCUCCCGGACAGUCGCGAGGCUACAUUCAUUCCACGUUAUUUUUUAUGUUAUAGAUGCUUACAUUCCCAUUGCAUAUCAGAGGACUUAUCGCUUGUGACUGUAUGCAGCUAUGGUUACUUUUAUUUUCGACGUGUUAUGUACGUAAGGACGCCUCAUAGUCCUGGUGGGUUUAGCGACAGAACUAAACUCGGUACACUUGCAACCGAUACCGUACUAUGCUGUAGACAACGUUAACUUUCUUUUAAAAGGGUUUAAUUUCCCUUUCAUGACGUCGGAGAAAGCGGACAACUCGGUAGGCUACCAACAACUGCUUUUUCAGAUUUUUUGCUUGAAUUAAUAAUAGACUAUGUUAUCGGCUUUCUGUUAAUCUGUAUGUUGUAUUGAUUGGCAAUUGAUUUUGAUGCUACAAGAGUAGCCUUUUUGUCGUCAAGAACAACUCUUUUUGCAAAAGGAUUGUUUUUUCUGUAAGUCAGACCUAAGGUUAGAAAGCAGCAAUCAUUGAAGUUUCUUUUCCUAACAAAACUUGAAGACGCUUUUCACCCCGACGACUUUAUAUGCUUUCGAGUUCUGAAGUGGCGAGUCGCAGGUGAUAGCAAGCAGUGGCGCUGAGAGCGAUGGAGCAUCUCAGCGAGACGUGCCUGGGGAAGGAGAACUGUGAGCUGGUGGCGGCCGGCCUGGGCGAGGCCAAGGGGCCCCCGGCCAAGCUGGCCCGGCUGGAGCAGAACGGCAGCCCGCUGGGCCGCUCGCGCCUGGGCAGCUCCGGGGCCAAGCUGGGCGGCGUGCCCUUCAAGCCCUCCUCGCACCUCCUGAAGGCCUGCCACAAGAAGGGCAACAUGCUGCCGGUGUUUUGUGUGGUGGAGCACUACGAGAGCCCCAUCGAGUUCGACAGCAAGGAGGAGCACGCCGAGUUUGUGCUGGUCAGGAAGGACAUGCUCUUCAACCAGCUCAUCGAGAUGGCCCUGCUGUCACUGGGCUACUCGCACAGCUCGGCUGCCCAGGCCAAAGGCCUGAUCCAGGUGGGCAAGUGGAACCCUGUGCCCCUGUCCUACGUGACGGACGCGCCCGACGCCACAGUGGCGGACAUGCUCCAGGAUGUCUACCAUGUGGUCACCCUGAAGAUCCAGUUGCACAGUUGUCCUAAACUGGAAGAUUUGCCGCCCGAGCAGUGGACCCACUCUACAGUAAGAAAUGCCCUCAAGGAGUUACUCAAAGACAUGAACCAGAGCUCUUUGGCAAAAGAAUGUCCCUUAUCACAGAGUAUGAUUUCCUCCAUUGUGAACAGCACUUACUAUGCAAAUGUGUCUGCGGCGAAGUGUCAGGAAUUUGGGCGCUGGUAUAAACAUUUCAAGAAGACAAAAGAUAUGAUGGUCAUGCGCCAACCCUCCCAGCUGGAGGGCUACCUGGGGACGUGUGUCCUCCACGACAGCCCGCGUGGCACCACAGUAGCAGAGAUGGACGGCCUGUCGGAGCUGUCUCCGCCGGGCCCCAACCACAUGAGCUUCAGCCAGCAGCCCAUCCCUGGCAGCACAGCCGAGCAGUCGCCCUCGCCCGUCACGCUGCCCCACAGCGGGCAGGCGCCCGGCCGUGCCCAGCUCCCCGGCCUGCACCCGGGCCUGGUGUCCACGCCCAUCAGCCCGCAGCUGGUCAACCAGCAGAUCGUCAUGGCACAGAUCCUCAACCAGCAGUACGCCGUCAACCGCCUGCUGGCCCAGCAGUCGCUCAGCCAGCAGUACCUGAACCACCCGCCCGUCAACCGCUCGCUCAACAAGCCGCUCGACGCCCAGGUCACGUCCAACACCGAGGUGUCGUCCGACAUCUACCAGUGGGUGCGCGACGAACUGAAGAGGGCCGGCAUCUCGCAGGCUGUGUUCGCCCGAGUGGCCUUCAACAGAACCCAGGGCCUGCUAUCAGAGAUCCUGCGUAAGGAGGAGGACCCCAAGACGGCCUCCCAGUCCCUGCUGGUCAACCUGCGCGCCAUGCAGAACUUCCUGCAGCUGCCCGAGGCCGAGCGCGACCGCAUCUACCAGGAGGAGCGCGAGAGGAGCCUGACGGCCGCCUCGGCCAUGGGGCCGGCGCCGCUCAUCAGCACCCCGCCCGCCCGGCCCGUGCAGGUACUCCACGACGGCGACGCCCCACUUCCACGCUCAGAGCAAAGCUAUAUGAUCAGCAGCUCACCCGUCUGGCCGCUGAAGCCGAGGAGAGAGGAAUGUAACAAUGUGAGACCCGAAGACUGGAACCCGAGAAUUCCUGUAGGAAUCUCACCUCGUGCUUAUCCCUCCCAGGUGAAGUCCUCACCUCUGCCCACUGAGUGGAACGGGAAGUCGGAGAGCUGCGUGCUCAACAUCACUUCCUCCAUCUACGACGAGAUCCAGCAGGAGAUGAAACGCGCCAAGGUGUCCCAGGCCAUGUUCGCCAAGGUGGCCGCCUCCAAAAGCCAGGGCUGGCUGUGUGAGCUUCUUCGCUGGAAGGAGGACCCGUCUCCGGAGAACCGCACGCUGUGGGAGAACCUGUCCAUGAUCCGUCGGUUCCUCAGCCUGCCGCAGGCGGAACGCGACGCCAUCUACGAGCAGGAGAGCAACGGGGGCCAGCAGCAGCAGCAGCACCACGGCGAGCGGCCCUCACACCUGCUGCACAUGCCCGCCGACCCUCAGCAGCAGCCUCCCCACCAGAUGCAGCAUCCUAUGGCCCAGUCUCACCACACCCCGCCUCACCAGCCCCAUCAGCAGUCCCAGCACCAUCAGCAUCAUCAUCAGCAUCAGCAGCAGCAGCAGCAGCAACAGCAGCAGCAGCAGCAGCAGCAGACGGGCCCCAGGCUGCCCCCGCGCCAACCCUCCACCGCCUCCCCGGCCGAGAGCGAGGACGACAGCGGGCGCAAGUCGCGGCCGCCCAGCCGCAUCUCCCUGGAGGCGCUGGGCAUCCUGCAGAGCUUCAUCCAGGACGUGGGGCUCUACCCGGACGAGGAGGCCAUCCACACGCUCUCGGCCCAGCUGGACCUGCCCAAGCAGACCAUCAUCAAGUUCUUCCAGAACCAGCGCUUCUACGUCAACCACCCCGGCAAGAGCAAGGAGUCGGCCGGCUUCUCCCCGGUGACGCCGGCCGCGGUCGCCGCCGCCGCUGCGGUGGCAGCCGCAACCACCACACCCUCCACCACCCCCCCAACCGGCAUGGCCGAGCAGGAGCUGACGGACUUCAAGGAGGGCGGCGAGCUCCUGGACGGGCUGGAGGAGGGCACCCAGACCAACAGCACCAUCUUCUCCAUCAAGCUGGAGGAGCACCUGGCCGCCGAGAGCCAGGCACAGGCGGAGCAGGAGGCCAAGGAGUAGACCGCAGCUCUCCCCCUCACCUUCUCUCUCUCUCUGUUAGGUCUGCAGUCUGAACGAGUAUCUCUCUUUCUUUCUUUCAUUCUCUCUCUCUCUCUCUCUCUCCUAUUGCUCACUCAAUUUCUCUCUUUCUCCUUUUCCUCUCACUCUUUCUCUUGACUGAUCUUACGGCCAACACCGAUGGACUCUGUUGCAGACAGACUCAGUUGACGCUGCGGUGUUCUGCUUUUUGCCCAUUUUGUAAAUCCUGUAUUAUUCACUGUAAAGACUGACGCAUCAUUUAAUAACCCGCACAAAAAAAAGAUAAAAGACGAAAACGGAAAAAAAUCUAAGUCUGUUGCUGUGGAUAAUUGCUGACUGCACUUGAUGUCUGUUGUUUUUACACUGAUUUUGAGCUACUGAUUUACCAUUUAAAAAAAAUGAAUUCAAUGGAGUUUGAUAGACUUUGAUAGAUGUUUACGUAUGUGGUGUUAACUGGAUUUUUAAACGCAUAUGAAACUGAAGCAAAGAGGAGGACCAGGCCUUAAUGUUGAGGUACGGAGUCUAGAACCUGCUGACUGAUUUGUUAUUCUCUUAAAAAAAUAAAUGAAUAAACGUACAAAUAAAUAAAAGCAACUCAGUGUGACAAAUCACUCAAACUCUGGACCCUCUGAUCUUUGGGCUCGUUGGGGAGUUUAGCUCAAUCUUAUCAUUUGUUUGGAAGAAAAGAUAAAUAUAUUAUAUAGACAUAUAUUAAUUGUAAAAAAUAUACAGUCUUAAAGAAAACUAUGCCAACAAAUGCCUUGUACUAUAUGGCACUGCCGAUGUUAAGAUUAUUUUGCAAACCUUUGUCACUGUAAUUUUCGGGAUCUCCAAGCAGUUAGAAAGAAAUGUGAAUCACAACCUAUGUUUGUUUGUUUAUUUCCAUGAUUUUUGUUGUCCUACGUUAUUUAUUUGCAGUUCAUGCAGUGUUCUGAUGUAAUUAUGAUUUUGGAAAGUUCCUGUUACAUAGCGCUUUUUAUUUUACUGAACUUUUUCUAUUUAUAAAUGUCAUUUUGAUGGGCAGUAAAAUCAAAAGUGUCUUAACAUUUUAAAUGGAAAAUGUGCUUUAAUGGUUGCCUAUGAAAAAGUGCUGUAUGUCAAGCAACUCAUGCUAUAAGCUUCACAAUUAAUGUUGUAUGCAAUUUUUACUAUCAUGCAAAUAAGCUUAGGUCAAUUACUAACCUAUAGGACACCUUAGAGAGAAAAACAUAUGCAAUUUGUGUGAAAAUAGAUGUUUGCCAUGUGUCUUCCUUUGGUUAACGAUCCAAUUCAAAGCUAUUCCUGUAUAAAUACUCUGUAUAAAAAAGUGUUUCUUUUUUUAUGAGUUUAAUGCAAUGAGAACACCAGUUAUUUUGUUACGACUGACUGUUUUAUAAGUGUUUCUCUGUUUCUUUAUGCAGAAAUGUUCUAACUAGGAGUGGUUAUUGAUUGUUAAUGACACAAUUAAACUGUUUGUAUUGUA